AACAACCUAUAUCCGAUAUCUCAACAUUGCUCGUGAUCUUUACUAGACUUCGUUAGAUUCAGUCUCGAUUUCUUAUCACCUUCGAGAGAAUUCAACUUAUGUACGAUAACGAUCUUGAAAAGAAAUCAAAGUCCAGCUUGAACAAGUCACAGGAUGCUGUUGCUGACGCGUAUCAUAUCAUUCGCUUUUAUCUUCAAUCAGAUUCCUAUUUAUCUGGCAGGCAAAUCAAAGUCAUUACCAGUCUCUUCGGCUUGCGCCGGUCUUCAAGACGGCUUGUAUCCAGACCCCAGUUCUUGUCGCAGGUUUAUACAUUGCCAUCAGAACGGACAGGCAGCGUAUAAAACAUGCCCACCAAGUACACUCUUCAAUCCUUCCUUAAAAGUAUGUGACUGGGCAUCGAAAGUGAAGUGCAGUGUACACAAAAGAGUACCAAAUGUUGUCCCGUCCAAGCCUCGUAGUUUUAUAGGUACAGAAAUAAACGGGACCACCUUGCACCUGACCUGGGAUCCACCAAGUCGAUAUUCAAAACCUCUUCUACGCUACGUGAUUGGCUAUCAAAGAAAACAUACAGGAUCAUCCAACAAAUCACGAGUCAUUGUGCAGCCUAGUGUCCUGUCUUAUACUUUAUCUGGUCUUCUUCCUGGCAGUAAUUAUUUAAUCGAGAUUCAGGCGGUUAAUGGUGCUGGUCAUGGCGGGAAGGCAACGUUAAUGGCGAACACACCGUUAGAGGUACCUCAAGAACCGUCAAAUCUAUCCGCAAAGCCAUUAGGACCUACAGCUAUAAUUCUUAAAUGGAAAGAACCUAAACUCAGGAACGAUCAAAUCCUAAGCUACACUAUAACUUACGGUAUAGCAGGGCUGACGCUGGGACAAAACAGCUUCAGUCUCCAUGGUUACGCUAAUACCGCUAUACUAAGCAAUCUCAUGCCGGGGAUGGAGUAUGAGAUUAAAGUGCAGGCUCUAUCAUUUGGAGGGUUUGGUAAACCAGCCGUCAUUCGUGUAUUGACUCCCUCUGGAGAUUUGUGUUCUCCUGGUCAUUAUUCAGAGACAGGCAAGAAGCCGUGUUGGAAGUGUACGUAUGGACGAUACCAAUCACGAACCGGCCAGACAAGAUGUCUCAAAUGCCCACGUGGUACGAUAACACUGAAACAGGGCGCUAUUUCGAUGAAGGAAUGUGCUAAAGUCACUACAGACUAAUGCUGGCGAUCAGUGUUGAAUUAGAUGUUGUAACAUAAUGUUGGUAAUGUUAGACCACGGGUCACUCUCUUGAGAAAAAUGUUAUUUUCAUCGGUCGUAUCCAUCAGUUGUCUUCUUAUGUGCAACCGUUAAGGAAAGAAAUAAUACUGUAGGAAAUGGUACGUGGUCUAGAAUGGGAAAACAGGGGUGAAAUGUUUCCUCAUUACAGUCCACGUGUCAUUCCCUAGAAUAUCAUUUCUUUGUUUAACAGUUUCGCAUGAGAAGACACAUGAAUAUGGAUAAAACUCAAAAACGAAGAAUCUUAUUCUCAAGAGAACGACACGUGGUCCAUAAUGGCUAAUCCUUGCGCUGAUACGAAUUAGAUCUAGUAUUAAUUCAAAAUGUUGCGUUUUGUUUUUCUUUUAUUGAGCUAAUUUAAGGACAAAUUAAAUAAAUUUCGUUGUCGUUAUGGGGGAAAA